UGCAUUGCAUUCUAGCCCACGUACUGUUAAUCAGUCAAGAAAUCGUUGGCUUGUACUUGAGCCCAGUAACAAUUGACAUUGCCGUUCCUCAAUAAAACAUCUCGACCCACCGUAGCCUAGCGUUACCACAAAUUGCAUCUCACUAAAACGUUUUUUAAAAACUUCGAGCGAACACACUUGAGUUCACAGGUCGCGCAUGCGCAAUAAAGGUGAUCUCUGACGACUAAUUCCUGCGCUAAUAGAAUAUCUUUCGAAUGCGUCACCAUUCCUAAGACGCGGGCGUGAGUGCUUGGCUGGUCGCGGAACGGAGUCCAUCCUUUGUCGAGCUGAGAGCAAGUGUAGCGGCAACGACUCAACGGGGAGUUUUCCCGUUCACGGAGGGGCGUUUCUUGAGUGACCUUUGGCUCUCCCGCAGUUUGAUGUGCUUGCCACUUAUUUAGGAUAAAAUGUCUGCUGAAAUGUUUUCAAAAGUUCUGGAGGCUCAAAUGCUUCAGACAACCAAGAUUGUAGAAGAGCAGCUUGAAGCUGAGAUUAAAAAACUGGACCAGAUGGAUGAUGAUGAAUUAGAGCUCCUAAAGCAACGAAGGCUUGAAGCUCUGAAGAAAGCCCAGCAACAAAAACAAGAAUGGCUUUCAAAAGGGCAUGGGGAAUACAAGGAAAUCCCCAGUGAAAGAGAUUUCUUUGAAGAAGUGAAAGGGAGCAAAAAAGUCAUCUGCCACUUUUACAGAGAUACAAAUUUCAGAUGCUUAAUAUUAGACAAGCACUUAUCAGUACUGGCAAAAAAGCACAUUGAGACAAAGUUUGUCAAGUUAAACGCUGAAAAAUCUCCAUUUCUGUGUGAGAGACUUCGCAUCAAAGUAAUUCCCACGCUAGCACUUGUAAAAGAUGGCAAAACACAGGAUUAUGUGGUUGGGUUUACUGAUCUUGGUAACACAGAUGACUUCACCACAGAGACCUUAGAAUGGCGAUUAGGUUGUGCAGAUAUAAUCAACUACAGUGGCAACUUAAUGGACCCUCCUUUCCAGAGUCAAAAGAAGUUUGGAACCACUUUCACAAAGCUGGAUAAAAAGGCAAUUAGAGGAAAGAAAUAUGACUUGGAUUCCGACGAUGACUAGGUGUCACAAUACAAAUGUUUAUAAACCAUCUUUUCUUUUAAGCUUGAUACAUUUAUAGAAUCGUUUUUAUAAAGCUGUUUGUUUUCAGAACAUUUCCAUGUAAUGCUCAUUUUCUAAACAGUUUUAUACAACUCAUGAAAAGAAAUCAAAUAUUAUUUUUCCUCUCAGGUCAUUGCUAGGCAAAAAAAAUCUGAGCCCUUUUGAACUGUCACGUGAGAGAUGACAUAGGAUUUUGUUAGUUUUAAAACUAGUCCCUUUAAACUACAUUAUUAGCACUUUGUACCAUUUGUCAUUGAAAUAUUAAUGAAGGACAUCUGUCAAGGAUUGUUAUAAAACUAUUCCAGAAAGAGCACAUUAUAAAAACCAUUGUUUUCUGAUAGUGCCAUGAGUAUGGUGUAACCUAACUACAUUGCACUGCAUAUUAUGAAACAUCUUAGCCUCUCUUUAAAAGAACUAAAUCUACCAAUUGCAUACACAGCAUGUUAAAGCUAAAAUAGAACAUGGUAAAAUUACGCUGAAACAUACCUUGCUUGCAGGAUUAUUUAAUAUAAUUCCGUGACUUGGAGUGCAGGCUAGAUAAAACAAUUCAAGGUGCAUAUUGGUAUUUGCUUUUUCUCUUGAUACGAAUGCAGUUUAAUACAAUUUCUUGCACUGCUGUUCUUCAGUAAUAAGCAUAUUUUCCAAAAGAAUCUCUUGAAAUAAUAAAGGUCUCUUGGGAAUCUGACAGUCUAGUUUAUAGGUAGGUGAAUGAUCUUCUCCUUUGUGCUCAUAAAUGUCCAUGGUUGCCAAAUUGUUGAAGUAUGUCUCCACUUUGGGGAGGGGGAGAGAGAUCAAGCUCCCAUUGAUUUAGGAAAUAAAAGAGCCAUCUGUAUGAAUCUCUGAUUGAAGCAAAUAUAGAGCCAACCCAUUCAAAAAAAGUCUUUCUCCUGUCAGAGGGGCAUGAGCAAGCUGCAGCACGCCAUUGAAUCAACAUGAAGGCAGCAGUGUUGAAUUAUUCAUUAUUGUGUGCAAAUGUCUCUGUUCAGUAGCUUCCUUCUCCCUGUUUUUCCUUUUGAGAGGAGAUGAGGAAACUGCCAAGAUGAGGGGUGAUUGGGCCUAGUAAAUAUCUGCCAUAAACAGUCAUAUCUUCUCCUUGGCUCAAUGAAAUGUACAAUUGUGUCCCAACCUGUUUGCUUCUCUGUACUGGGAGACGGAAGCCAUGUGCAAGCUACUUCCAGAAGGGAGCAUUUAAGUCUAUUAUGAAGAUUCCAAAAAGGUGGGCUUUGGGGAUAGAGGGUGGGGUAAUGAGAGGGAAGCAGCUAAAAAAUGAUUCGAAGGCAAGAAAAAAGGAGAAAGGGCUUUGGUGUGGUGUUUGAUAGACAUAGUUGGUAGGCAGAGGCUGUGUCCCAGCAAAUUCUGGAUACUAUCUGCCAUAGGAGAUACAAAAUCCAUCUGACUCUUUUGCAAAGUAGGUCAGCAAUAUUCUCUUAACUAAGUUGAUUUUUUUUACAUUCAUGUAAAUGAAAAUAAAAUUAUUUGACUUCUAAUGCUCAA